AUGGCCAUGGUCGUGAGGUUCUUCCGAUGGGUUUGGCGGAAGGUGUCUUGCUGGAUUUUGUCCUGGAGAAACAAAGCUAAGGCAUCCAUCCUGGAACACCCUGACUCCAAGAAGAAUGUGUUGAAAAUGAUGGAGAAGCCCCCCAAAACGGCUGAGCCUUUAAAGAUGACUGAGACCCCCAAAGAAGUCCAGCCAACUAAAGAGGCUGAGCCUCCCAAAAUAGAUGAGUUCCCCAAGGUAUCUGAGACCUGUGUGCUGGCCAACACAACAGGUGGGCCGGAGCUGGGCCAUAGGGGCCGAUCCUUGCUGCGGCUGCCUCAGACGGCCGUCCGGUCUGUCUCCACACUCAUGGUCUCGGCUCUGCAGAGCGGCUGGAGAAUGUGCUCCUGGAAGUCAUCUGUGAGUUCUACCUCAGUUUCCUCCCAAAUGAGGACCGGGUCCCCUUUGGAGUCGCCAGAAGCUGAGCUGCUGCGGGAGGUGUACCUGGUGCUGUGGGUCAUUCGGAAACAACUGAGGGAGCUGGCCCACAGGCAGGAGCGGCACAGGCGACGGCGCCACACUUGGAACCACGCAGGCCCCAAACCUGACCCCAUUCAGGCCCCGAAACAGGAUGCCCAAAGUCCCCUCUAG